AUGAGAAGACCUAAUGACCGCAGGAGAAUUGAAAUUGCAAGGGAUCAAAAUCAAACCAACUUACAAGUAACAUUCUCAAUUGUGGAUAGAUUUCUCGGGGAGAAUCCUACACUUGACAUUGAUGAUCCUAACCCCAUCAUUGCAGCUCAUCAAAAUGCCAAUGUUGAUGAGAUCAAUAGAAAGAAGCUGAAAAGGUUGGAGAGACAGCUCAAAAGAGAAAGAAAACAUGGACAAGCACUUCAAGCCCUGAGGACAGAACCUUCAAAUAAAAAACUUAGCUUUUUUUACCUUAAAAUCUUGUGCGAGGCUUUGGAAGAUGUGGAUAAAGAAGUUGAAAGGGUAGCGAGCCAACUUAUGGUGUGUGGUAUUGAAUUUCCAUAUCAAACUAUUGGAAGUGUGCUCGCACCUUUAAGAGUUAGGGAAAGCAUUUCGUCCGAUUCCGGAGAAGGGUCAUCUGGAUUCGGUGAAUAA